AACUUAAACCUCCCUUGGGUUUUGCUCAUUCCCUGAGUGCCGAGCUUUUAUUCCUCGUGCCGCUUCAAUGGAUUGUCGAGGCUUGCUUUCUGGGUUGUGCUCAAAUUCCACCGCCCCAGCGAUCAAAGCCCCCCAAAAUCCAUUAUUCUUAUCAUUAUAUCGUUCUUCUUCUUCUUCUUCUUCUUGUUCCGCUGUCUGCUUCAAAACCCUCAAAUCAGUGUCUCCAACAAGUGUAAAAGCAUCUUUUAAGAGAUUAGGAUGUGUGAAAAGUACAGAGAAAUUGGGGAAUGCUGUUUUUGACGAGGAAGAUUACAAGAACCCUGAGCUCCAAAGGAAAAAGCUUGCAGUUUUUGUCUCCGGCGGAGGUUCAAAUUUCAAGUCAAUUCAUCAAGCUUGCCUUCAGGGAUCAGUCCAUGGUGAUGUUGUCGUUUUGGUCACUAAUAAACACGAUUGUGGAGGUGCAGAGUAUGCAAGAAAUAAGGAAAUCCCCGUUAUUUUGUUUCCUAGAACCAAAGAUGAACCUGAUGGACUAUCCCCGAGUGACCUUUUAUCUGCUCUUAGGGAAUUUGAUGUUGACUUCAUUCUUCUAGCUGGAUAUCUCAAACUUAUACCAGUAGAAUUGAUCCAAGCUUAUCCCAAAUGCAUAUUAAAUAUCCAUCCAUCACUUCUUCCAGCCUUUGGAGGCAAAGGCUACUAUGGUAUGAAGGUUCAUAAAGCAGUCAUCGCUUCUGGAGCAAGAUACUCGGGGGCAACUAUCCAUUUUGUUGACCAGCAUUAUGACACAGGGCGUAUCCUUGCUCAAAGAGUUGUCCCUGUGCUUGCAAAUGAUACUGCAGAGGAGCUGGCUGCAAGGGUUCUCAGAGAGGAGCAUCAGUUAUAUGUUGAGGUAACAGCGGCAUUAUGUGAAGGACGAAUAAUUUGGAGGGAAGAUGGUGUCCCUCUCAUCCUUAGUAGGGAAAACCCCAAUGAAUACAGCUAGCACAGACAAAUUUAUUUUGCUUUUCGCAAGUUUUGGUUGUAUCCUGCAGGAGGUGUAAUGUGUGCAAUUAUUAUAUCAGCAACAUUGUUGUGAUAUGUGUCGGAAGUGAGAUCAAAUCUGAUAUCUGACACUAGUCAAAAUCACUUCUUCAUCUACACAGAAGAUGAUUAGUUGAUCAUAGAUUGCAAGCUUAUCCUUUGCUGAAUGUUUACCUAAAUUAAAAAUUUUUACCAUUAUAGCUUCUUCCAAUUUGAGCUGAAUUAACCCAGUAUACUAAUGAUGUAGAAAUGCUAUUAUAAAAAGGAAUCUUGACUCA